CUGUCGGUCUCUGGCUACUGGUUUCUGGCUCCAGUGCCGGUCUGUCCGUCCGACAAGAGCCGCAAACUAACUAACUACUACUACUUACCAUUCCGCCCGGCCAUAAACUAGACUGAACUUAGCCCCACCCGCGGGGGAUUCUUGUUCUGCAUUCCUUCCUUUGUGCGGAUGAUCGAGAUCAGAAAACCCUGUCUGACUCGAAUUCGACAUUCUCCCUUUCGUCUGUGUUUGCGUGCUUGUGCUUGUGCUAGUGUCUCUGCGUGUGGUGCGAGUUGCGCCUUUGCCCGGUUUACCCUUGGGCGAGACUCCAAUCCUCUCAUCCCUCCACUGGUUUUCAUCCAUCGAUUUGUUUGUCUACUGAGUUGUCUCCCACUGCCCCUCCCCCGGUGUAUCUACUGCCCUAUCCCGUAAUUUCCCUUGGAUUGGUUGAUCUCCCCCUGCCGGGAUCUUCAUAUAAAUCGUCGAGCAGC